AUGGGGCAGUUGAUGUGUCUAAAUGUUAAAAGUUAUUUGGGUUUGGAGCUGAGUUUGUUUGUAACUGUAAGAAGGAAAAGAAGAAGGAUGAGUGCUACCGCGGAUGGAGUGAAGUACUCACCCGAGUGGUUGGUUAAGCACUCGAAUGUUUCUGUUGAGGAGAAGCUUGUCGAGCUUAGGCUUUUGAUGGGCAAAGCCGAAGGACACUUGAGAGAGAAGGCGGCAGUGAGAAUAUGGAGAAGAUCUGGAAGGUCUGUGGAUAGAGCCACAGCUGAACAUUUGUUUGAAGUGAUCAAUGCAAGGGAAGAUGUGUUGAGGAGGCUUAUUAGGCGGUGCGCUUACUUGAAGUAUGUUGAGGGGAGAUUAGGUGACCGGAUACUUUUUGCGGAUGAGAUAUUGAGAGACGGGUUCUGUCUGAAUAUGAUUGACACCCCUCUUUGCCCUUUGAAGGUUGUCACCAAUUUGCAGGAGGCUGUGUGGGAUGCUGAUAUUGUGGUGAAUGGGCUGCCAUCGACUGAAACUCGUGUUGUGUUUGAAGAAAUUAGUCGGUAUUGGAGGGAUAGAAAAACAAUGCCAAUCAUAGUUUCUCUUUCAAAAGGUGUUGAAUUAGCUGAACUGGCUCCUGCACCGCGCAUAGUUACUCCCACUCAGAUGAUCCAGCGAGCAAAUAAGGCUGAUUCCCAUUUUAUGCUUCAAUAG